CGGAGCCGCGCUGCGGGCCCGGCCCCAGCCCCGAGCCCAGCAAAGAACGGGGAGCGAUGCUGAUGCUGGACUGCAGUGCAGAGGCUGGUAGUUUCAGCAACCUAUUUGAGACAGGAACCGGUGUGAAUGCACCUGCAGAUGCCUCUGGUCAGUCUCCAGCUCACUUGGCUGCUUGCGGUGGUGAAGCUUUCUUCCUACUCUGGCAACUGCAGACAGGAGCAAAUUUGAACCAACAGGAUUGCCUUGGAGAAGCCCCAAUACAUAAAGCAGCAAAAGCUGGGAGUUUGGAAUGUCUUGCUCUCCUUGUUGCUGGUGAUGCUAAAAUUGACUUGUGCAACAACAGUGGGCAGACAGCAGCAGACCUUGCACUGGAUUAUGGCUUUCUGGAAUGUGCCAAGUUCCUCAGGACAAUUCAGCACACUCAGACAAUGAAACUGAGAGGACAGUCUGGAAACUCACUAAGUGACAGACAUGGCUUGCAGAGAGAGGAUCCAACUGCACAGAAACAAGGAAGUGAAACCAGCAGAUCCAUAAACAGGAAGAGGAGAAGAUCAGAUGAUCUUGUCUCCUAACUGCCAGAAGAAACAUCUUGUAAUCCCAACAUGAAAUAAGGGGAAUCUGAAGUCUCAAGAACCAUGACUGGAUGAUACACUGAGCAGUCAGAUGUGUGUGCUGGGACAUUGUCUCCUUCUGAGAAGGA